AUGACGUAAGCUGUGGGAUUUUGUUAUACUGUAGCAAAUAUCAAUUUUGUAUGGAGUUCUAAAAUAAAGAGUCUCUGAUUCCCUCCAGAAUUGAGAAGGUGUUACUGGAGCCUGCAGGACUCCUGUAGGACUGAGUGUGUGUAGCAUGCCCAUCCUCUUUACUCAGUGUAUGAUCAAUUCAGGGUCUUGAAAUGGUGUUCUUCAUUCCAGAGACAGUACUUGUAGUGUCACUCAUGUUUUAUGUGCCUUGUAUAAUGUUGAGUUAGUGGCUUGUUCUAAAAUAUGUAUGGAAUUGAAAGAUAAAACCAGUGAUAUGUGAAAACUGACAAUCAUGUUUGGAAGGGAAUUGUUGCAUCACCCUCCCUCAGUGCUGGCACCUGAGCCUUCAGCCCCAACUGCUGCAGCAGAGUUCCCUUCUAGGAAAUUCAAGAGCACAGGAAUAUGCUGGGGUGUGAUUGUUCCAGCUGGUCCUUUUUAGAGGUGUCUGAAUAGCAUGCUUUCCAGAGAGGCACGUGAGAGAGGCCUUGAAGUGUGGUUCAGGAUGAGAAGCAGCAUAGGUCUAUAUUUGAACUGUGGGGCCAUGGAAGAUCUGCAGGGGAGCUCUAUGCAUCUUUGAAGAACUAUCCAACAGAGAAGAUGCUUCCGUAUCUACAGUCAGACUCUACUUACAAAGUACAUAUUCAUACAUUUAAUAAAACACUGACCCAAGCACAGAAAAUAAAAAAGAUUGAUGCCCUUGAAUUUCUGCCAUUCAAAGGAAAAGUAAAUUUAAAGAAUCCAGAACACAUCUUUUGGAUUUUGGAAGAUUAUGGAAUGAACCCAAAUGACGUUCCAGAAGAGCCCAUUCAUCUAUAUUUUGGUAGAUGGAUUGCAGAUGGCCAAAGAGAACUCAUUGAAUCCUACAGUGUAAAGAAGAGACAUUUUAUUGGAAAUACGAGCAUGGAUGCCUGCCUCUCUUUCAUCAUGGCAAACCAUGGGAGAGUAAAACCCAAUGACAUUGUAUAUGAUCCAUUUGUUGGAACAGGUGGCCUUCUAAUCUCCUCAGCACAUUUUGGGGCAUAUGUGUGUGGUACUGAUAUAGAUUACAACACAAUCCAUGGAUUAGGCAAGGCAAGCAGAAAGAACCAGAAAUGGAGAGGGCCAGAUGAAAAUAUAAGAGCUAAUCUCCGACAGUAUGGUUUAGAGAAAUACUACCUCGAUGCACUCGUUGCUGAUUCUUCAAGACCAAUAUGGAGAAAAGGGAUGUUGUUUGAUGCAAUCAUUACAGACCCACCAUAUGGUAUCAGGGAAGCUCCUCGCAGAAUGGGGUCACAAAAGGAAACCGUCAAGUCUGUUGAAAGAAGCACAGAAAAUCACUUCUUCGUUUCAUCCAGUUACCAUCUAAGUGACAUCUUUUUUGACCUCUUGAAGUUUGGGGCAGAGUAUCUGGUGAUGGGAGGAAGACUGGUUUACUGGCUGCCCAUAUACAGGCCUGAAUACACAGAAGAGAUCAUUCCCCGCCAUCCGUGCCUGAAACUUAUUAGCAACUGCGAGCAGAUGCUUUCCAGCCACACAUCAAGGCGCCUCAUAACCAUGGAAAAGGUGAAAGAAUUCAAGGAUCAAGAUGAGAACUCUCACUUGUUGGAUGGUCAGUAUAUGCCGUACAGGGGACACAAUUCUUUCCGUGAGAAGUAUUUCAGUGGUGUGACAAAGAGGAUUGCCAAGGAAGAAAAGGACAAUCAGAAGUAAAAUAUUAUAUAAACAGAUUAAAAAAUGAGAAAAAGAAUGAAGACCAUUUCUUUGUAAGGACAUCUGGAUAUGAGCAUUUAUUUGGAUGCUUCAGAAAAAUAAAUACUGCUUUUAAUUUCAAAACAAGAUGAAACCCACAACCCAGGUUGGGAGCAGUUCUUUUUAAUUAGUUUUGUUUAUAACAGAUUUUAUUGUACAAGUUUUUUGAGUCUUAUUUAAUUUAUAUUUGUACUUUCAAGUACUAAUGAUGAUUGACUAAAACCAUUAUUAUUGUUCUUUCACCAUUAACGUUUACAAGAAAGUAGUAGUAUUAUUUGGCUUCUUCAACUGUGAACAUCUGGCUGUUUUAAAAACACGUGGUGGUGAUCAAGGAUUGCUGAUUAAGAAGAUCAUUUUCAUUUGUUUUGGUUUUUUUUGUAAAUGAUGUACAAUAAACUGAGGUUGGCGUGAGGUUUUUUUAA